CUAGAACUAGAACUACGUACGAGAGGCGAGCGAACAGCGAGCAAGCGUUCGUGAUUUUCCUCCUCCGUCUGUAGCCACCAGACAUUUCGUUAUAUACACACGUGCAUUGCAUUGUAAUUUACUUUAACUUCACCUCACGGAACUGCGAUAAAGUCCGGCACGAUGGACGUGGAAGUAGUGCUAGCCGGCUCAAACAAGAGCAUUACGAAGCUGCAAGGGGUCGAAGCGUCGACCACAGUGACAGACAUCAAGAAGCUAGUUUUUCGUGCCCGGCCAAGUCUGUACCCCGAUAGGCAGUCGAUUAGAUCCGAGCCUCGUGGGAGAUCCCUUAGCGACACGGCCACAUUGAAGAGCAUAGAUUUCAAGUCCGGAGGUACGCUGUACGUCAAGGACCUCGGACCACAGAUUGGAUGGAAGACGGUGUUCCUGGUGGAGUAUUUUGGUCCUCUUGCUCUCUACUUGGUAACAUAUACCAGACCCUCCCUCUUCUAUGGGGCAAACGCAGCUACCCAGCCAGUACACAUGGUGGUGCACAUAGCAGCGGGCUGCUGGACAGUGCACUAUGUCAAGAGACUACUCGAAACGCUUUUCGUUCACCGCUUCUCACAUGGGACUAUGCCAAUCAUGAACCUCUUCAAGAACUGCUCAUACUAUUGGCUGUUUGGCCUCUACAUCGGGUAUUACGUCAACCAUCCACUGUACACUCCACCAGCAUUCGGAAAGCUGCAGAUCUAUGGUGCUCUAGCUGCAUUUCUGUUUGCCGAGCUGGGCAACCUGAGCAUUCACGUCGCCCUUCGAAACCUCCGGCCACCAGGCACAAAGGAAAGGCGCAUUCCCAAGCCAACAGCCAACCCCUUCACUUGGUUGUUCAGCCAUGUAUCCUGUCCAAACUACACUUACGAGGUGUUGGCCUGGGCCUCUUUCUCAACUAUGACACAGUGCCUGCCAGCUGCACUAUUCACAAUGGCUGGAUUCUAUCAGAUGGCUGUGUGGGCGCUUGGGAAGCACCGUAACUACAAGAAGGAGUUCCCUGGCUACCCUAAAAAUCGCAAGGCUAUUGUGCCAUUUUUCCUGUGAACAAACUGCAUGGACAGUUGUCGAAAAGGGCAUGUUGCGGUGGAGCCACAUUCCACGCUUCCAUCUGUUUUGUGCAAGUUUUCUUGCCAUUAUCCUCUCACAAGUGCAGUUCUCAGGAGUGUUGUUGGUUUCAUGUGAGUGGGCAUUGUGUUGUUUUUGGUGAUGGUUCAUUUGCUGAGGCUGCCUCUAAUAAAAUGGUCACAAUGUU